UCAGUAGAAAACAGUCCGGGAGGGAGUUAACAUCGUUACUUUUUAAUAUAUUUUAUAUAUUUCAUUUCAUCAGAGUCGUGUGUACACGAUUAUACUAUUAAAUAACAACGACCUUCAUUCCGGUAAACUUUAAAUUAUCGAGCAUGCUUUCACUUAUAUUUUCUAUAAAAUAAUAUUUUAUUUUUAUUCUUCAUUAAGAGUUAGUGAAACAAGUGCAUUUAAUUUGUGACUAAAAUAAUUCAUUGAGUAAUUGUCUUACUAUUUCAACCGUGAUAACUCGUGAUUGUUAUAAGUUAUAAACACAAGUUUUAAUAUGCAAAUUUUAAAGAUGUGUAUUUAUCGUUUUUUGUGAACAUUUUUUAGUGACCGGUUACGUAUUCCUUUUUCUUUUAAAGAUUAUGGAGAACGACAAACACGACUUUUUUUUUGAACCGAAAUAACAAUCAGAAAUGCCAGUAUGAGAGGAAUACCAAACGAUUCCCUAGUGGAACGUGGACUUGUAAAACCUUACUCAGUAUCUUCGAUUUAUACAAGAAAAAAAAAUGGAAUAAUACGAGGAGUAACGAUAGCUGGAGGAGCGAGAUCAGGCCGCGGAACAAUCAUAAGAACGCUUAUCUUCGUAUUUCUCGCGACAUUCCUUUGGCUCCAGCUACACGUUAUCAGUCUGACGGGGCGAAAUUCCUCUGGCCAGUCGUCGAUUAAUGAGAGCAUUUACGCCUUAGUACCUCAGGAACUCCAAAGAUUCUUAAAAGACAGAAGAAAUUCCUCCCAGACAAAUGGAACUCUGGGUAUUUACGGAACGAGCUUCGAUAUCGGGGACAUUAAAACAACGAUAGCGAAGCUCAACAGCGAGCAAAAGAUCUAUAAUGAUGAUAUUUUCGGGCCCUUGGGAACAGACGCCCCAAUUAUUGUCAUACAAGUGCACUCGAGACUUACCUACCUGAGGCAUCUGAUAGUGUCCUUGGCCCAAGCCAAGGGAAUUGAGGAUGUCCUGCUGAUCUUCAGCCACGAUGUCUGGAACCCAGACAUCAAUUACCUCAUUCAGAGCGUCGAUUUCUGCAGGGUUAUGCAGAUUUUUUAUCCUUACAGUAUUCAGACACACCCGAAUACUUUUCCCGGAGAAGAUCCCAAUGAUUGUCCGAGAAAUAUCGAUAAAAAACAAGCUCUGGCAUUAAAGUGUAUUAACGCUCAACAUCCCGACCUCUAUGGGCACUAUCGGGAGGCGAAAUUCACUCAAACGAAGCAUCACUGGUGGUGGAAAGCCAACCGGGUAUUCGAUCAACUUAACGUGACCCGCAAUCACACCGGAAUGGUGUUGUUCCUCGAGGAAGAUCAUUACGUGGCGGAGGAUUUUCUGCACGUACUAAAACUUAUGGAACGUACGUGCAAGCACAGUUGUGAAAGAUGCAACGUUCUUUCUCUAGGCACAUACUUGAAGACUUACAACUACUACACAGACUUGAGUCGCAAGUAUCUCAGCGUAAAUUCCGGCCUCCAAAAAGAAGUUCUCCGCGGGCUAGACCGUCACGAUGACGUAGUUAACGAUCCGGAUGUGACGACUCAGCAGCACAAAGGACCCGGGAAAAAAAAGUCCCUCCAGGAAGGACAACAAAACAAACCAUCUUCUGCUUCUUCUUGGUCCUUCCAACUUUUACCGACUCUCUACAGUCAUUAUCAGAAGGCGGAAGUUAUUCCAUGGAUAUCCAGCAAGCACAACAUGGGCAUGGCUUUCAACAGAGUCACCUGGAACAAAUUGAGGAAAUGCGCCUCCCAAUUUUGCUCAUACGAUGACUACAAUUGGGACUGGAGCCUGCAGUAUGUGGCCCAGACGUGUCUUCCGCCGAGCAGAGGCGCUGGGGCAGCACCCAGGGUUGACUCGGGACUGGUCGCCAUGAUGAUGAGGGCGCCACGUGUCUUUCAUAUUGGUGAAUGUGGAAUUCAUCACAAAAAAAACAACUGCGAAUCAACGGCUGUGAUUGCUAAAGUCCAACAAGUUCUUAAAUCCGCGCGUAAUCACUUGUUUCCCUCGCAAUUGACUCUGACAAUAGCUGGGGUCGCUAAAAAAACUAAAUUACGUAAAGGAAAUGGCGGAUGGGGUGAUUUACGCGACCACCAUCUUUGCGGCAACAUCACCGCUAACCCUGACCUAGUCUUACUGUAAUAAUUAAUAAUAAUAUUUAUUUUUUAAGUGAUUAUUUAUUUAGUUUUUAAUAAUAAUUAUUAAAUUUUGACUGAUUAAAACGAAAAUAUUAAGGCGCGUUAUUAAUAUAAAAAAAAAAAAAAAAUAUUUAGACGUCGCACUAAUGACAUUUUUAGGAUAAUUGGCUUCAGUGGUGCCUGAUAGUGACCGACAUUUCGAGUUUCUUUUAUUUUAAAUUGGAAUUAUUGCUGAAUGGUUAAAGAUAG